AAGUGUCCCGAGUCCUCAUCAGCGUCGCCCUGGCAACCGACACGCCGCACCUGUCCCCGCUCAUCAGCCACUGAGCAAGCCCAGCUGCGGCUCAUCAAGCGGGCUAUAAAGAUACGGCAGAGGAGGAAGAAGGGGAGAAACGUCUCCAUGCCAGGAAGUGACUCUUUGUUCUUUUCCCCGCAGAAAGCAGCCCUUAAGCCGCAGCCCCGUCGAACCACGGUGACACCGGCACAGCCCAGGCACGCGCACAAGAGGGAUACAAGGACACGGACACGAAGACCCGCACUUUCGACACUUCCUCACUGGCACUCUCAAUAAAAUCCACCCUUCGGGGAUAUUUUUUCACUCACUCGCUCGUCGUGUGCUUCUUUGUCCCGUGACAAUUUGGUGGAGAAUGCGGGCAGCAAAUUGAAAGAAGCACCGACAGCGAUCACCAAAAUUGUGAGUCUUUUCCCCCGUUCACCGUUGUGUUUUUUUUCUUUUCUUUUUUUUUUUUGUGCAGGCGGCAGCUCCUCCCCCGUGAUGGAAGAAUUGCUCAAACACCUCACCGAGGUGAGCAUCCGCCAGCAACAAAUUGUCGAACACAUGGCCGCGCGGCAAGGGGAAACUGAACGGGAGCUCGCCGCGCUUCGCACUACCACCGCCCAGCGCGCUCCGCUGCCUGAUCCCCGCGUCCAAGCCGCGCAGCUCGUGCCCCGGAUGACGGCGAGUGAUGACGUCGAGCUGUACCUGCAGAUGUUCGAGGCCACAGCCGUGCGCGAAGUUUGGCCCAUGGAUGAAUGGGCACAUCUCCUCGCCCCGCUCCUGACGGGGGAAGCACAGCGGGCCUAUUAUUCUUUGACUCCCAGCCGAAGGGCUUCAUAUGAUGAAUUAAAGAAAGAACUCCUCGGCCGCGUGGGUCUGUCCCCGAUAUGUGCGGCCCAACAGUUCCACGAUUGGGAAUAUCGACCCCGAUUGCCCGCUCGCGCACAGGCAGCGGAACUCACCAGGUUGGCGCAUCAUUGGCUGUUGGCCGGGGAUCCCAGCGCGCACCAGGUGGCGGAGCGCGUGGCCGUCGACCGCCUUCUUCGCGCCUUGCCCCGAUCCAUCCGCCAGGCGGUAGGCAUGCGGAACCCCUCCAGUGUGGAUGAAGUGAUCGAGGCCAUUGAGCUGGCGGAUGCCGCCUACCACCGGGAGGCUGGGGAGCGAGCGCCGCCUUUUCCCCGAAGGGUGGUCCAGGAGCGACGCACGCCGGAGGGCACCUCGCGGCACAUGAGCAGGCCAGCGGUUCCCGGUCCCCAGGACGAGCCCAUGCCAACGGAACCACCACGCUCCCCAGGACGCGCUUGGCUGGCAGGCUGUGCCGUUCACGACCCCCCAGCUGGGGCGACUCGGGCCGAAGUCGCCGUCAAUGGCCGCCCGUUCUCGGCGCUGCUGGAUUCCGGGAGCUCCAUUACAUUGAUGCGGCCCACCGUCCUCCCUCCACGGUCAGGAGCCAAGGCCCGGAUGGCCAUCACGUGCGUCCACGGCGAUACCAGACGGGUCCCCACUCGGCGAGUCGCCAUAACCGCUGCCCCGGGAACCUGGUCAUUGGAAGUAGGGAUCGUGAAGGACCUGCCCGUCCCCGUCCUCCUCGGGAGAGAUUGGCCGGGGUUCGACCGUCUACUCGCCGCAGCCGCACAGCCUGCCAGCUCGACCGGGAACCGCCGACGCCGGAGGCCAGAAAAGGGACCUCCUCGACAUCCCGUGCUGCUGACAUCGGACAGCCCUCGAGAAGGUGAGCCCCCCUCCCAAAAUUCUGACCUAUAUUUUGAUGUGUUUCAGCAGGUGGCAGGAGGUGGGGCUUUCGCGAAGGAGCAGCACGAGGAUGAUCGCCUGAAGAACUGCUGGUCUCAAGUGAGGGUUGCGGAAGGAGAGGAUCUCCAACCAGCACCUCAUCCCAUCCCUCACUUCGUCAUCCGGAAUGGCCUGCUCUAUUGUGCCGCCCAGCGGAGGGGGGAGGAGAAGCUUCUGCUCGUAGUGCCCCGCAGCAAGAUAGGAACGGUGAUGGAACUGGCACACGCUCACCCGAUGGCGGGUCAUCUUGGGGCCCAGAACACCGUCCAGCGGAUCCGGGACCGUUUCCAUUGGCCGGGCCUGGACGCCGAUGUGAAACGGUUCUGCCAAGCCUGCCCGAUCUGCCAGAGGACCUCACCACACACACCUCCCCCCAGCCCGCUGAUUCCAUUACCCAUCAUCGAGGUGCCCUUCGAGCGCAUCGGAAUGGAUCUCGUUGGGCCGCUGCCGAAGUCCGCCCGGGGGCAUGAACACAUCCUGGUCAUCGUCGACUAUGCCACCCGCUACCCCGAAGCUAUCCCUCUCCGCAAAGCCACCGCAAAGGCCAUCGCCCAGGAGCUCUUCCUCCUAUGUAGCCGGGUCGGCAUACCGGCAGAGAUACUGACCGACCAAGGGACGCCCUUCAUGUCCCGGCUAAUGGCUGACCUCUGUCGACUCAUGAAAGUGAAACAACUCCGGACGUCCGUCUACCACCCCCAGACCGACGGCCUCGUCGAGAGGUUUAAUCAAACCUUGAAGCAGAUGUUGCGACGGGUGGCGGCCGAGGACCGACGAGACUGGGACCAGCUGAUACCUUACGUCCUCUUCGGCAUCCGGGAGGUCCCCCAGGCAUCCACGGGCUUCACCCCGUUCGAGCUUCUGUUUGGCCGCCAACCCCGAGGGCUUCUCGACGUGGCUAAAGAGGCCUGGGAGCAACAACCAGUCAACCUCAGGACGACGGUUGAACACGUCCGCCAGAUGCGGGAGCGAGUCGACAGGGUCAUGCCACUAGUCCGGGAGCACCUGACCAAGGCCCAGCAAGCCCAGCAGCGCCACUUCGAUCGGGCCGCCCAACCACGGGAGUUCCAGCCAGGAGACCACGUAAUGGUCCUGGUCCCCACCUCAGCCUGUAAAUUCCUGGCAAGAUGGCAAGGCCCGUACACGGUACUGGAGAGAGUAGGGCCCGUCACCUACAGGGUCAGACAACCUGGGCGGCGUCGACCCGAACAAUUAUACCACGUCAACCUCUUGAAACGCUGGGUGGGGACCGGACCCCAACUUGCGGCCCUCACCGCCUCUACUCCCGUGGUGGUAGAUGUCAAUCCACACCUCUCCGCGGCCCAGAAGGCGGAGCUGCAACACCUAGUCGGUCAGUUCUCCGAUGUGUUCUCCCCCCGGCCCGGAAGGACCAAGGUCGUCGAGCACGAUGUGAGGACACCACCUGGAGUCAUCGUCCGGCAGCGGCCCUAUCGAGUCCCGGAGGCUCGGCGACACGCCAUCGAGGAGGAGGUGCAGGAGAUGUUGAGGUUAGGUGUGAUCGAACCAUCUCGGAGUCCCUGGUCAAGCCCCAUCGUCAUGGUCCCGAAGCCCGACGGCACCCUCCGGUUUUGCAACGACUUCCGCCGCCUAAAUGAGGUCUCCGAGUUCGACGGCUACCCCAUGCCCCGUGUGGAUGAGCUGCUCGACCGCCUGGGAAGAGCCCGGUUCAUCUCUACACUAGACCUCACGAAAGGAUAUUGGCAGGUCCCCCUGACUAAGGAAGCCAAAGCAAAAACCGCCUUCUCUACCCCCAGUGGCCACUGGCAAUACCGGGUCCUUCCCUUCGGCCUACACGGGGCCCCUGCCACCUUCCAGCGCAUGAUGGACAUCCUGCUGCGGCCCCAUAUGUCCUACGCCGCAGCCUAUCUGGACGAUGUGGUAGUCCACUCGGAGACCUGGGGAGAGCAUUUAGAGCGGCUCCGGAGGGUGCUGUUGGAGCUGCGCCGGGCGGGACUAACCGCCAACCCCCGCAAGUGUCACCUAGCGCUGUCAGAAGCCAAGUACCUGGGUUUCCAGGUCGGUCGCGGCCUCAUUAGGCCGCAGGAGAAGAAAGUGGAGGCCAUCCUGUCCGCACCGAAGCCCUCAACGAAAACCCAGAAAGCAGCCCUUAAGCCGCAGCCCCGUCGAACCACGGUGACACCGGCACAGCCCAGGCACGCGCACAAGAGGGAUACAAGGACACGGACACGAAGACCCGCACUUUCGACACUUCCUCACUGGCACUCUCAAUAAAAUCCACCCUUCGGGGAUAUUUUUUCACUCA